UCAGCGGGUGCAAUUCACACUCUGAGAGGGCUCUCUGUCUUGUGCAAGAGGUGACACGUGGCAGUCAUCCUGCACAGCAGGUACUGGUUCUCCCAGUUUGGGUGAUAAAAGAAUUAUUGGCGCUUUGGCUGCAAGAGGGGAGCAUACAUCCACGGAGAGGAGAGCAUAUAUCCGGUGGGCACUUUUGCGGCGAGGAAAUGGAGGACCGAGGGAAGAGGUCACGUGGCAAGCAAUGAUGUGUAAAUAAUAAAUAUUAUGUUAUCCGGUGCACAUGGAUAAUGCCUUCUCUAUCCACAUUGGUUUUUGGUUUUGGAUAAGACAAGUUCUUUUGGAUAAGACAAUUUUUGAUAAAACAAGUUCUGUUUGGUUUUGGAUAAGACAAGUUCUUUUGGUUUUGGACUAGACUAAGUUUUUUUUUGGACAAGGUGGUAGCGAGCAGUUGCAAGAGUUUGUCUUGCAAAAGUGAACGCGUUGUUGCUCGGCUCAAUGGCUCAUCAACAAGAUAGUUUUCAGGAGGUCAUGCGGAUGAUGAAUGCCAGGUGUCUAUUUCCUAAAGCGGAAUGGUUGACUGCUUCACUAGAUUUCCUGAAGCGGAAUAAUCCAGAGUUCCCUAGAUUGCCACGUGGCGACCAGGUGGGGCUCUGCUGCGAGCUGUUCCUCGUUAGCGACAUGAAGGAUUCUUCGGCUGGUUGCUUGCCACCUGGCGUUGCGUCUCUCCAUAAAGAGAAGCUUCAAGGAACUUUUGUGGUGCAGGUUAAUGAAGUCUCUGACAUUGGCGUGCCAGCGAGGGAACGAUAUGAAACUGAAAGUGGUGGACCUAACCGUUGUUUGAAGCUGGCAAUGACAGAUGGGAAACAGCUCAUUUUUGGCAUAGAAUAUCGGCGGAUUAACAGCUUGAAAGUCUUCCUACCUUCGGGCAUCAAGAUCUCCAUCAAGGACGUCUACGUUAGGCGGGGAAUGUUAAUGCUUGUUCCGGAGAAUGUGGAUAUUAUUGGCGGGUGCAUUGAGGAGCUUGAGGAGGCACGGUGUAGAAUGGUGAAAAGGUGGAAUGAGCCCCCAAAGGGAAGAGGACGUCAGAUCGGGCCCCAGAUGACGUUGAUGGAGGCGGCGAGGGCUGCAGCUUGGUCUCAGACAGGGGAUGGUGUUCCUGCAAGUGGCAUUCCACCAAGUGGUAUUCCUGAAAAUGCCAAUGGAGCGGCAACAAGGCCAUCUGUUCCAGCCACAAACAGCAGGCCUGGAGUUAAUUUUGGUGCUGGUGCCGGUGUGGGUGUGAGUGGCUCAACUCUGGGGAUGGGGCAGAGUAUGCAGACGAACAGACCCCAUCAAGGUGGCAGGCCCAUUGUUGCAGCGGCGCCGGGUGUCGCAACAACUCCGAUGCAGGAGCCGUAUGCUGCAGAUCGACACGCUCGGCAAGUGCAGUCAUCCGGCCAACCGACUUGUGCGGAAGGAUCAGAGCAAGGUCAGCAGUUUCGAGCACAUGUGCAGCCUCCUGGCAGCGCUUCGGAUCCUGAUCCUCUGCGCUCUGAGAAUAGAACUUCACGUUUUCAGUCUGUCACAGGUGAUGGUCGUCUGCCCCAGCAUCGUCAUAUGCCCCCACAUUUACAACCUUUACCAGAUGAGGAUGAAGAUGAAUUUGUGCUAGAUGAAGACAGAAUUCCCCCUCACAUGCAGCCACUGCCAGAUGAUGAUGACGACGAUGGCGGCGAUCUGUUGCCACAUCAGAAUCUUCCCCCUCAUCUGCAGCCACUGCCAGAUGAUGAUGAUGAUGAUGAUGAUGAUGGUGGCUAUCUGUCGCCACAUCAGCAUCUUCCCCCCCAUCUGCAGCCACUGCCAGAUGAUGAUGAUGAUGAUGGCGGCUAUCUGUUGCCACAUCAGAAUCUUCCCCCCCAUCUGCAGCCACUACCAGACGACACACCCACUGGAUCUACUAGGGACAUGCACCAACGCAGGGGGGACUUAUCACCAGCCCAUCAACCCUUCCCUGAGGGUAUGGGUCAUGCACACCGCAGUGGUGAGAAGAGAGGCCGGGUUGGUGAUAAUGAGCCAUUGAAGGGUGUCGCGAGCAACAUUGGGAGCGCAUGUGAGUUGCCAUUACAUGGCAGGAUGCCAAGGUUGGGGUCCGUCACAGAUGGCAGAGAGCAGGCUUCUGACCUGGGAGACUCUGCCAUUCUGAAAAAAUGCACCGAUUCUGCAAGUAUGUUGGCGAGGAGGACUGCAGCAGAUGAAGCCAGCAUUGCAGGGGGGCCUGCGUCAGAGGCAUGCCGCGUGAGAUCAUCAACAGGAAUGCAAACAUCAUCUAUUGGUGAGAUGCCUACUGUCCGGGGAAAUGUUGCUGCGUCACCUGUGUCCAUAUCAAGGCCACUACCUGGGAAUAGUGGUGCGGUGCCCAUGGAGAUCGAGGAUGACGACGAUAAUGAUGAGCAGCGCCCGCCGUUACGACCGACAGCGCCACAACAGCACCAGCAGCAGCAGCAGGGCUCAGUGAGAAGUGGUCAGCAAGCAGAGGGAGGCAAGCUCCAGAAUCCGGACCCUUGCGAUGACAGAAGGGACCGCACGGGACCGUACACAGCUUCCCCCGACACAGUGGAUGAAUACCAUCCCUUUACUUAUCUGGCCGAUUUGAUUGAAAGAUCGACGGGGCAAGAGGAAGGAUUUGCCACAGGCCGAAUCAAGGGGCUACUUGUUGGUGUCAAGAGUUUCGAGUUCCGGAAGACUGAGAAGUUCAAAACUAUUGUAUGGAUUGACGAUGGUUCAGCGAUCACUGUGGCUUGUAUUGACCAUGAGUUCGUUAGGUCGCUUCUCUGCGACGAUCCGAAAACAAUAUCUGCAAACAUGGCGCCUGGUGCUGACGCAGGGCUGAUGCGCGAUACGAGAAACCGGUUGCUGAAAAUGCAAGAGUACUUCAGAAACUUCGAGGGCACAAUGGAUGUGAAGGUGCCCGGCAAGAAAGAGAAGGAGUCAAUGGAGGCAGAGUGGGCAGGCAAGGGAGUGUGUGCAAUCAUCACGGCCAUGACAGAGGGGUUUACAUCUGCGGAGGGCUUGGAUCUACUUUCAAGACUAUCCAAAAAUGUGGAUAGAAGUGUUUUGCAACACCACACAAAAUAGGGACACAUUCAGGAGGGAGGUGUCCCCCAGGCAUCAGACUGAUUGGUUGGAACCAGGGGAAGGAGGAGAAGGGGGAAGAGCACGGGGAGAGGGGAAGGUGGCAUCGGGGAGAGAGGAAGGUGGCAUUCGGGAGAGAACGCCUGAUCUAGAUGGUGAAAGAGAGGAUGGCGAUUGCAUGCAGAGAGAUGGGAACAAAGGCGCACGUGUAUG